CAUCUUUUCUUUUUUCUCUUUCUUUCUUGCCAUAUCACACUUCAAAGCGGCUUGAGGUUCCCCAUACGGAAUAAGUACACUUAAACAGGACUUCCCCUCUGCGAAAGAAGAUGGAAAUAGCGCGACUUUUAUCACAGGAGUUCCGGUUUCUCCGAGGUGCCGCAUACGUCGUUAGAAGGAGAACAGGAGUUUCGUUUCUGGGACGUUGCUGGAUUUUAGGUUGUGGGCUGACACUCUGCAUCUUGUCUUCCAGCUCGCACGGAGCUAUCAUCAUCAUGAUGAUGAUGAUGAUGAUGAUGAUGAGUCUCCUGCUGGCAUCAAACCUACAACCUUCCAGUCGCAACACGGUGUCUCCAGCCAAUAGACACCGAGUCCUCCCACACUGAGUCCUCCCUCUAAAACAACCUGUUUCCACAUUCACACUAUAUGGAUAAAAGAACAUUUCACCAGCGCGUGAAUUCAUCGUGCAACUUCAUAACUUUUAUAUGGAUGACGACAGGUUGAGCCUACACGAUUAGUGUCAUGACUUUAUUCACCUUUAAAAGCCGCCAGUUUAUAUGUUCCGAGGCUUUUCGUCCCUUUUGACACGUCUUUACUACGAUUUAAGGCACUUAAAAGAGUUUAAGCCUAAAUCUCGCCGGCUCUCAUGGGACUCAGGCAUUCGUCGCGGUGUUUGCUGCUACGGCGGAAGAUGGCGGAGGCGGACAGCUCGGAGCGGCAGCAGCCUGUCAGGUCCCCGCAUUCCCAGUCCGCACAGCCCUCCCCUCUGCCGAAACCAGUGCCUACAACCCAUCAUGUGCCCUGCAUUCCUCACACGCCUCAUGUAGCAGCGCUCGCCACCUGUCCUGGACGAGGCAAGAUUGCCAAGUUCGUAAGCCCGGAGGAAAUGACAUCAAGGGACUACUACUUUGACUCCUACGCCCACUUUGGCAUCCACGAGGAGAUGCUGAAGGACGAGGUGCGGACGCUGACCUACCGCAACGCCAUGUACCACAACAAGCAUGUGUUCAAGGAUAAGAUCGUCCUGGAUGUUGGCAGCGGCACAGGGAUCCUCUCCAUGUUUGCAGCCAACGCCGGUGCCAAACACGUGUACGGGAUCGAAUGCUCAAGCAUAUCUGAAUAUUCAGAGAAGAUUAUCAAGUCCAAUCACCUACACAACGUCAUUACCAUCUUCAAGGGCAAGGUGGAGGAGGUGGAGCUCCCCGUGGAGAAGGUGGACAUCAUCGUCUCCGAGUGGAUGGGUUACUGUCUCUUCUACGAGUCCAUGCUCAACACCGUCAUCUUCGCCAGGGACAAGUGGCUGCCCGGAGGCCUGAUGUUCCCGGACCGAGCAGCCCUCUACGUGGUGGCCAUUGAAGACAGGCAGUAUAAGGAUUUCAAGAUUCAUUGGUGGGAAAACGUGUAUGGGUUCGACAUGAGCUGCAUUCGCAACGUGGCCAUCAAAGAGCCUCUGGUGGACGUGGUGGAUCCAAAGCAGGUGGUGACUAACGCCUGUCUCAUAAAGGAGGUGGACAUCUACACUGUGAAGCCGGAGGACCUGUCCUUCACCUCGGCUUUCUGCCUGCAGAUCCAGCGCAACGAUUACGUUCACGCUUUGGUGACUUAUUUCAAUAUGGAGUUCACCAAAUGUCACAAAAAGACGGGCUUCUCCACCGCUCCAGAUGCUCCCAGCACCCACUGGAAGCAGACUGUGUUUUAUUUAGAGGACUACUUAACUGUCAAGAAAGGAGAAGAGAUCUUUGGCAGCAUCACCGUUAGACCCAAUGAAAAGAACGUGCGCGACCUGGAGUUCACCCUUGAGCUAGAUUUUAAAGGACAACUAUGUGAAGCUGCCAUUUCUCACGACUAUAAAAUGCGCUAGCAGGAAGCAGAAGCACCGGCGCAGACCCGCCCCGAGGCACCCCGCCCCCCCGGACACAACUGGAGGACGAAGGCUGUCCAGGAAGCGGUCCAGCUGAUCAGGGUGGGAGGCAAACGGGCAUCUUUACUGGAUGCCGUCAAGUCUGCAUCGAAGUGACGCAACCAGAAUGAGCGUCGAAUCUUCUCUCAGCAAUAGCGCCGUCACAGAUAGAGCCGGUCAGAAGUUUACAUACGGCCAUUGCGUCUACAGAUCCUUCGUUUGAAUGAUCUGAAAUAUCUGAAAAACAACAAAUAUAAGCUGGGUCUACUCUUUCUGGUAAGAAAAUUGUUUAAAUAUUCAGACAAAGCCACGAGCUUGUCGAUGUUUACAAUAGUGUUGUUGUUGUUUCUCUGCAACUUGUGAUGACACACGUAUCCAAAUGAUGGAUAUGUGUUUGAACCCGCAUGUAUAAUUUUGACCCAGCGUAAAUCUGCUACUAAUCUAAACUUAGUAGAUUAGUAGAUGUUAUGUUGGAACAAUUUUUAUAUUGUUCCAACAUAACAUCAUUUUAACAUAAUUCGUUAAAAGCGCCAAACGAACAUGACAUUAAUCCGAAAGAUAAGCGUAUGUAAACUUCUGACAGGAAACGUAAAAAUAACUGCAACCCCAUUGUUGAAUGUAACGCCGUACAAAAACAUGACUUUUUCCUUGUUCUUAAGAGAUUCUUUGAUUUUUUUUUUUUUUUUUUCAUGAGACAAAAAGCUUUGGAAUGAUUAUUUACUGUGUGCAAAUUGGAAACGUCAAACGUGAUUUUAGAAUCUAACAGAAUCUUGCCGUGCAAAGCCGUCUCUAGGUUUACCGAUCACCUCUGUGGUUUCAGAUCAUAAUAAGAGCAAGUAAUUUAAACUCAAAGCAAAUGUUUAAAUUAAGAUUAAUGGAUUGUAAUGAUGACUGGGAAAUUAUAUGCUUAUUGGCCCCAUUAUUCUCAAGUCAACGUCACCAUAUAUUUAGUUAAUUAAAAACUAACAUGAGAUGUUGCAUUGUCAAAAAUAAUAAUAAUGUCAAACUGAACGCAAAACUAAAACUGAAAAAAAAAAGUCAAAUACAGAAUUUAGUGCCUGUGUAGAACAUUUUACCUUUUUUUAAAAAAAAAAUUAAUUUUAAAUAUCAUAACCAUAGGUGUGAUUUGUAAACUAGGAGACUGGAUUUGCAUGGGACAUCACAGACAGGCUCUGUUGUUGUUUUGCAUAGAAAGUAAGAUGAGUCAUUUCCUGUUUGUGGUUUUUGGGUUUUGGAGUGAGUGUUGGCGGUGGGGUGGGGGAUGGGGGAUGGGGAUGCGGGCGUUGGGCAUCAAUUCCAGAGAUAUAGAAAAUGCUGCUUCACAUAUUUCUUUUUUUGUCACCAACUCAGAACAAAAUGUGUUUAGGCUUCAG